GUGAGCUGCCACGUAAUGUUGUGUGUCGCGUCAACGAGGUAUCGGGUACGUCUCUUCGGUAAUUAACGGCGACUUAUACUGUAAAAAGUGCAAUGCACGUCUCAUAGUGCAGUGAGAUUAAAAUUUUUCUCCAUAUUCGUUGUGGUAAUCUCGUCAAAAAGUAUUAAAGUUAGUCACCAAAUCCAAUGAGUAUGCCACCAGAUUCAAUGAAACGAUACUCAGAAUCGUACCCUGAUCAAAUAAAUCACCUAAAUAAUCAAAUGAAUAUGAUGCCACCACCACAGCACAGCUAUAACAAAUUAUUAUAUCCAAGUCAGUCACCAAAUCCAAUGAGUAUGCCACCUGAUUCAAUGAAUAAACGAUAUUCAGAACCAUAUCCUGAUCAAAUGAAUCACGUAAAUAGUCAAAUGAACGCGAUGCCUCUUCCACAGCAUGGCUACAAUAAAGUAUGGUAUCCAAAUCAACCACCAAAUCCAAUGAGUAGUAUGUCACCAGAUUCAAUGAAUAAGCGAUACUCAGAAACAUAUCCUGAUCAAAUGAAUCACUUAAAUAGUCAAAUGAAUAUGAUGGCUGUCACGCAACAUGGGUACAAUAAAUUUUGGGGAAUGGAAACUGUUGAUCUUUUGCAAUGUAGGAAUGUCCUCCCAACAGAGAAAGUAGAAUCACCAAAAAUUAAACUUCACCAAGAGUUUUUAGACAGUGUUAAUUGUAGUCCUGACAUUUUCCGCUGCACACUCACGAAGAUUCCUGAGUCAAAUACUUUAUUGCAGAAAUCUAGAUUGCCUUUAGGAGUUUUAAUACAUCCCUUCAAAGAUUUGAAUCAUUUACCAGUGAUACAAUGCAGUACAAUAGUUAGAUGUCGUGCUUGCAGAACAUAUAUUAAUCCAUUUGUGUACUUCAAUGACUCAAAAAGAUGGAAGUGUAAUCUUUGUUACAGAGUAAACGAAUUACCAGACGAAUUUCAGUUUGACCCUGUAACAAAAUCAUACGGAGAUCCGUCAAGAAGACCAGAAGUAAAAACUAGUACGAUUGAGUUUAUUGCACCUAGUGAAUACAUGCUACGUCCACCACAGCCAGCUGUGUAUCUGUUUGUUUUGGACGUUUCGAGACUGGCAGUUGAGAGCGGUUACUUGACCAUAGUGUGCAACGUAAUUUCAGAAGAAUUAUCAAGGCUGCCUGGCGAUAGUAGGACACAAAUUGGAUUUUUAGCAGUAGAUUCUGCAAUACACUUCUUUGGCAUACCUGACAAUGUAUCACAACCUCAGGAAAUGAUCAUGCUUGACAUUGAUGAUGUGUUUCUUCCAUGUCCGGAAAAUCUAAUUGUCAAUUUAAAAGAACGAGAAGAAUUAGUAAGAGAUUUAUUGGCUCAAUUGCCCACAAAAUUUCAAGGAACUCAUGAUACAAAUAAUGCUUUGGGUGCGGCGUUACAAGCUGCGUAUAAACUUAUGUCACCAACUGGUGGACGCGUGACUGUCUUCCAAACUUGCUUGCCAAAUAUAGGUCCAGGAUUAUUGCAAGCAAGAGAGGACCCAAAUAAUAGAGGGGGUAAAGAUGUACCACAUUUAAAUCCAGUUACAGAUUUUUAUAAAAGGUUGGCGCUAGAUUGCAGCGGACAGCAAAUUGCAGUCGAUCUAUUCCUAUUAAACUGUCAAUACUGUGACCUAGCUACUCUUUCGGGUAUGUGCAAAUUCUCUGGAGGUUGUAUAUACCAUCUUCCUCUAUUUCGGAGCUCGAAACCACAACACGCGGAAACUCUCGAUAGAAUACUGAGACGUUAUAUUACCAGAAAGAUUGGUUUUGAAGCAGUGAUGAGAAUACGAUGUACACGAGGACUGAGCAUUCAUACUUUCCAUGGGAAUUUCUUUGUAAGGUCAACUGACCUCCUUAGUUUGCCUAACGUCAAUCCGGAUGCUGGUUUUGGAAUGCAAAUCUCUAUAGAAGAGAAUCUUUCAGAUGUGCAAAACGUCUGUUUUCAGGCAGCUUUACUUUAUACCUCAAGCAAAGGUGAAAGAAGAAUUAGGGUACACACAUUAUGCCUACCAGUAGUAUCUACUUUAUCGGAUGUUCUGCAUUCUGCUGAUCAACAAUGUAUAGUGGGCCUACUUUCUGAAAUGGCUGUAGACAGAUCUCAACAGUCCUCUUUAUCUGAUGCAAGGGACGCUCUGAUAAAUGUCGCCAUAGAUGUUUUAUCAGCCUAUAAAUUAUCUCAGUCAGUGGCCUCCAGUGGACUUCUUGCUCCAGCAAGCUUAAAACUACUGCCUGUUUAUAUUAUUGCUCUGCUCAAAUGUGUUGCCUUCAGGUCAGGAACAAACACGAGACUUGAUGACCGGGUAUUCGCAAUGUGUCAGUUGAAAACUUUACCACUGUUUCAAUUAAUUCAAAUGAUUUAUCCAGAUCUAUAUCCUGUUCAUGCGCUUGAAGAUCGAAAUGCGAAAGAUAUCGAUGGGAAAUUAUGCCCACAACCACCUAGACUGCAUCUUUCUGCAGAAAAACUUGAUUCUCGGGGUGCUUUCUUAAUGGACAUUGGUGAUCGAAUAUUUAUCUUAAUCGGCAAAAAUAUUCAUCCUUCGUUUUGUUGUAAUGUUCUUGGAGUCUCUGCUUUUCCCUCGAUACCGGAAGAACUUUAUGAAUUACCAGAGAUUGAGACACCAGAAAGCGAAAGGUUACGAAAUUUUAUAUUUAGUUUGCAAGAGGAGAAACCCUAUCCAGCUUCUAUACAAAUUAUUCGGGAUGACAGUCACUUCAGGACGCUUUUUAUUGAACGAUUAGUUGAAGAUCGUUUUGAAAAUUCUUUGAGUUAUUACGAAUUCUUGCAACAUCUUAAGACUCAAGUGAAAUAAUAAUAGAGGAAUUUAUUUUGGAGUUAAAUGAAUACAGAAGAAGAAACAAACAAAUCUUAACACACAGAAGUCAUUGUUUAUUACAGUGAAAGUGUUUAGCAAUCGCGAACUGUGUUCAAAAAAUACGAACCUCUUAAAAACGAUUGUUUGAUCGAUUAAUUAGAAUGAAACACCUAGAGAUAUAAGAAACCAUAUAUAUAUAUAUGUAUAUACAUACAUGUGUAUAUGUUCAUAUAUAUGUAUGUAUAUUGGUAAUUAUAUACAUGUAUACAUAUAUGUACGUAUAUGUUUGUAGGAAUGAAUGUUAUUCUUGUUUUAAGAAAUGUUAAAGCAUUUAAAUAUAAUUCAAUUGUAAUUAUUAUUAUUAUUUUAUUAUUAUUAUGAUAAUUAUUGUUAUUCGUGUUAGUUGCAGUAUCUUUUUGCGUUUAUCGGUAAAAUUAACUUAAACAAAUUUUGUUUUUCUAGUGUUUCUUUUGUCCUAAGAAUUUUUAUUUAUUUGAUUUUACAAUAUUUUAAAAAUCGUUUUGAGAAUUCAACUUGUCCAAAUUUUGUAAUUCUAAAUUCUUUGCUUAGUUAUUUUUUCUUCACACAUUUACCUAUCUACAGUGAGAUGCCAAAUUUUGCAAACUUUCUGAUUUAGUAUUGAAGCCUAUAUAUUUUGUAAAAUUUGGUUUUUUAAUGAAUCGUGUCUUGUGCGACCUAUAUAUUUUAAAUGUAAUAUUUUCUUUGUAAUAAUUAGCUAGCAAAAUAUUUCCUCUUUGUGCGGAAUGAUUUUGUAAAUACCGUCAUAUUUUGGGCAAAAAUUUUGCAAUAAAUUACGAAUUAUGACUUAUCAUCUACGUAAUAUAAAGCAAUAUAAUAUACAUAUAUUUCAUAAGGUAUGGUGUAUCCAAAACAAGAAAUUCAUACGCUCAGAAUAAGAUGAGUCUUGGUUCUUUUAAUCCAACUCUGUUACUUUUUUAUGAUGGUAACGGUAUACUUACAUUAUUUUAUUUCUAUAACAAGGAUUGAUUUGAAGUAAGGUAGUGUGUGUUGAUAAUUCUAAUUUCUUUUUUCCUUUACUAACUCUUAUCAUUGAAGUGAUAAAAAUAGAAAAAUUAAAUUAUUAAUCUACAUAUUAUAUACAUGUGUGUAUAAAAAUUGUUUGCCUCUUGUAAUGUAGAGCUACAAUUAUUACUACGACAGAAACGUAAUUUCCAUAAUGACCAUAUAUCGAUAAUGGCCACAAAAAUAUUUUUAAUAUCAUCUUAUUUUUCAUGCAAGAAUUUUAUAUCUUUGGAAUAUACCACCCUUUAUGAAGCAAUAUAUUAUGUACAGAAUGUCUCACUAAAUAUCAUAUGGCAGUACAGUUAUUCUGUUAUUGAUCUAACAAAAAAUUACAUAUUGAUGUUGAUACAAUUGUUUUUCUAAUUACUAUAUAACAUUCAUGUCUAUUCCAUAUAAAAAAUUUGCAAAUAAGAAUUAAUUUUUUGUUAAUAUUCUAAAUUAAAACAUUUUCUAUGAAAAGGAUAGUUAUAUAAUCGUUUUUUUUAACACAUUUAAUGUUCAGAGAAAAAUGACGUACGAGAAUUUUAAAUUCAGAUGAAACAUUACAUUUCAGAAUAUUUAAUUAAGGAAAAAUAGCAUUUCUCUAUUCAAUUAUCAUUAUCGCGAGUCACGAUACAUAGUGUAACAUGUUAGUUAUGUAACUGAAUGAUUUAGCAAUUGUCAGCAUAUUUCUUUCUCAUGUUAUUGAUAAGAGAAUGUUGCACUUAUAUUUAAUGAGAUGUACUGUGAAUGAAUGUACGUACGUAUGUAUACAUGCGUGUAUGAUGUACGUGUAUAUAUGUACAUGUAUAGGCUAAUCUUGAAUUAACAAAGCUAAUGACACAUUGUUUACAAGGGAAUAAUUUCUUUUUACGAAUUGUAGAAAUGUACAAACAAAUUUCAUGUGAAUAUACGUAACUCAUAGAACAUGAUUUUAGAACAAAAUGAAUACAUUCUAUUAAAUGAAAAUGAAAUGGAAUUUCACAUUACAUAAAAAGAUUAGUUGUCAAUCAUUCCUAAAUACUUGAUAUUACUUCAAUUUUUAUAUAUUACCUUAAUAUUUGGUUAUUCCUUUAGAAAAGUAGAGGUUUUGAGCAUAUCAAGAUCAUACACAAAAGUAAUUACUUUAGAUAAUAUAUACCAGUACAAAUCAUAAGAUGACUAUACAAUAAAAUUUUUGCAAUCUAUAUUUUAUCUAUCUUAAGUGCAAAGACCUUUUCUAAAUAAUGGAAAAUUAUAGAAAAUUCGAGAUUUAAGAACCAUAAGGCAACUCUUUGCUCUAAAAUUUUUAUUAAUGUUAUAAAUUACUAUAAUAAUAAUAAAAUUAGAUAUAUAUGUAAUUAAUUUGCAAACUUUAUUUAGUUUUAUGUAACUAAAUAAAUUUUUAUUGUAUUUAAUUUUGAAAUGAAAGUAAUUCCUCAUUAUAUACACAGUAUGGACAAAUAACUGGGAUCGCUUCGAUUACUGCGUAAGUAAUGAUUUUAGUGAAAAAUGUUUUAGGUAAAAGUUGAAUGGUUUCAAGGAAGAUAUAAUUCGGCGUGAUUAGUUUUUUUUUUUAUAACAGGAUGCAUUGAGGACAUAUGCAGAUCAAGUUUGUUUUCUUUCUAGCUCGUAAUUCUGUAUAAAAAAAUAUGAGCCAAUUUAUAUAAAAAAAAACCAUUAGUUUGGGAGAUAUUUUAACUUUAAUUAUUCGAAGUGGCAUAACAAUAGAUGUAAUUUAAAUGUCCCUCUAUCAACUCUAUUCAUAAAAUGCAACUCAUGUUCUAUGAAAUGGUAUCAACGUAAGUAUCUUUGCAGAAAGUACAAAGAUCGGUACAUUAUGUAAUGAUACGUAUCGUUGGAUAUACGUAUAUUGUAAGUAUAUGGAUGAAUAUAUGUCACUUAGUUAAUUCGAGAUAAGUCUGGGAAAACAGGAGAUUUCUAAAUUUCGUUUCUCCUACCACCAAUGCUGCCAAAAGAAGAAAAUAAGUAUCUAAACAACUUUCGUAGAUUCAGACGAAUCAUAAAUCAACGAGAUGAAAACUGGGGUAGAAGGAUGAUCUAAUUCGUUCGAGAAUAUAAACUGUGCUGUGAAAGGUGCAAGAAAUAAAAUUCUCAAUACUGUA